UAUUAAUUAAAAGUCAAAGGUCAAGUGCUUGUCGCCCCCUGUGGCGGCAAUCCGACCGUUAUUAGAAUGUCGCUGAAGACCCCGACGCCGGGCGUCGGCGAGCGCGAGACAUGGGGCAAGAAGGUGGACUUUUUGCUGUCCGUCAUCGGCUUCGCUGUCGACCUUGCCAACGUGUGGCGAUUUCCCUACCUGUGCUACAAGAACGGAGGAGGGGCCUUCUUGGUGCCAUACUGCAUCAUGUUAGUUGUGGGAGGGAUACCACUGUUCUACAUGGAGCUCGCUUUAGGACAGUUUCAUCGCAAAGGAGCCAUCACUUGCUGGGGCAGGCUCGUGCCACUACUUAAAGGUAUUGGAUACGCGGUGGUUCUGAUUGCAUUCUACGUGGAUUUUUAUUAUAAUGUCAUAAUCGCUUGGGCUUUACGAUUUUUCUUCGCGUCAUUCACCACCAUGCUACCUUGGACCAACUGCAAUAAUGAGUGGAAUACACCUGCAUGUCAACCGUUCGAAGCUAAUUGGGAGUCUGUAAAUGUAAACAAAACAACACGUCACCACAACUCUUCAGCGCCAAACACUCCACAAACGACACCAUUCACAUCAGCCGCUUCAGAAUAUUUUAAUCGGGCAAUACUGGAACUGCACAGGAGCGAAGGGUUACAUGAUUUGGGUCCCAUUAAGUGGGACAUGGCCCUAUGUCUUCUGGCGGUUUACAUAAUUUGUUAUUUCUCACUGUGGAAAGGCAUCAGCACAUCUGGCAAAGUUGUUUGGUUCACCGCUUUAUUCCCAUACGCUGUACUUCUAAUACUGUUAGUACGUGGAAUAACAUUACCUGGUUCUGCUACUGGUAUACAGUAUUACCUAAGUCCUAAUUUCGAAGCUAUUACUCAACCACAGGUUUGGGUCGACGCAGCGACACAAGUAUUUUUUUCUUUGGGUCCAGGAUUUGGCGUUCUCUUGGCUUAUGCUUCUUACAAUAAAUAUCAUAACAAUGUGUACCAGGACGCGAUUCUAACUAGCGUGAUCAACUCUUGCACUUCAUUCAUUGCUGGGUUUGUCAUCUUUAGCGUGCUGGGUUACAUGGCCCACACGUCUGGCAAGGAUGUUCAAGAUGUAGCUACUGAAGGACCGGGUCUGGUAUUUAUCGUAUACCCAGCUGCUAUAGCGACUAUGCCAGGAUCUACAUUCUGGGCACUCAUAUUCUUUAUGAUGUUACUCACGCUGGGACUGGAUAGCUCUUUCGGGGGGUCAGAGGCAAUAAUUACCGCUCUAAGUGACGAGUUUCCUCCAAUUGGUCGACAUCGAGAACUAUUCGUGGCCUGCCUCUUCACUCUCUACUUCAUCGUCGGCUUGACGUCUUGCACUAAAGGAGGCUUCUACUUCUUCCAACUGCUUGAUCGCUACGCAGCUGGCUAUUCUAUGCUUGUUGCAGUUUUCUUUGAAGCAAUCGCUGUUUCUUGGAUCUAUGGUACUGAGAGAUUCUGCGAAGAUAUCCGCGACAUGAUUGGUUUCCGACCUGGUCUGUACUGGAGAAUCUGCUGGCGUUUCGCUGCUCCUGCAUUCCUCUUAUUUAUCACAGCGUAUGGUCUUAUGGAUUAUGAGCCUUUACAGUAUGAUAACUACGUUUAUCCAUUCUGGGCGAAUGCGCUUGGCUGGCUCAUCGCAGGUUCUAGCGUUAUUUGUAUACCCGCAGUGGCCAUCUACAAGAUCCUCACCACUAAAGGAACUUUCUUAGAGCGUUUGCAAAUCCUGACGACACCGUACGCAGACACGGAACACAGCGCAGUCCACAACGGUGUGGUUGUGUCGGAGAGUGGUGGCGUGCGGCUGUCGUCCGCCGUCACCACCCCCGGCACGCCGCCCGCGGCCGCCCCCUCCGCCCCCUCCGCCCCCUCCGCACUCUCUGCGCGCGACCAGCCCGCGCUCGUCUGAGCGACGCUCUCCUUUGACGUCUACUACGUGUAGAUCGUCUUUUAUGUGCGACGUUAAUACUUAAUCCGCGGUCUCUUGGCGCAGUGACAAUUAUGUUUGUCUUAUGCGGCAACAGUUGCUCAUUCUAACGUCGCUCAUAAUUAGUAUUGUAUAGGCCGUAUAGGUGUCAGAGGGAGGAAAGGUGGCGGCGUUUUAUGCUUAAACUAAUUGUGGGAAAUGGUUGUCACUUGCAGCUUACCUUAGACGUUAAAAUAGAGCUUAAUUGCUUUGUUACUUAUAGCAAAAUUCUUCUUCAAGUGACUCAUUAUGUUAUGAGGAUUGAAUCGUACCUACUUGUGGUUACAAAAAUAGGAUCAGUUAUAUCUUCCAAAAUAUGAGUAAACCUUUUGUCUCUAAAGAAAUCAAUAUCAGAGAAAAUGUUGUUUUCUUCAGAAGGAAAAAACAGUUGGGAUUAAAAAAUAUAUAUAUAUUUGAAGGUAUUAAGAUAAGGUAAGUUCAUCUCUUUGUUAUUUUAAUCGUGUUAAUAAGUUUAUAAAGACAAAAUGAGCGCUUUCGUAUAUUUUGUUUGCCAUUAAAUAUAAUAUUAAUUAUCGAAUAAACUUUAAUAAAUAAU